AUGGCUGCAAACACAAUGCCCCGAAACUCCUUUAGUCGACCCAAGCCCACUUUUAGAAACCCGACGACCACCCGCAACCUGAACAUUGUCAAGGGAAUCACGGUGGCUAUCUUCUGCCUGGUCUUAUAUAGUAAUGUUCCCAAUUCAGAACCCACGAUGAUUGAAUAUCGCGCGAGCACCAAUCAUGGCAAUGUUCGCAGUAGUCGAAACGGGGGCCGUAGCUCCGAGCAGCAUCGGAGCACUCGAGCCAUGUCCGUCUUGGAGCUUCCCGUCGCGGGGGAAGAGUCCAAAUCCCAGGACAAAAGCGAUCCCAUUCUCCGCGACUAUAGCGCGGAUGCUCGUCGAUCAGAAUCCGACAACCGAAGCGAUCAAGUCAAAAAUCUUGCCCGCGAGCAACAACUUAUUAAGCAGACGCUUCGGGAGAUCAGCCCUGGCGACACGGAAUUGGAAAGAAAAUUUCAGGCAGACGAGUAUAGCAAACCAAUUGUGGAUAAUGUCAUGAACGGGAUCAAAUCUGCACAAGAUGCUGCAUCGCAACUACCCGGUGUUACUUCAGCCAAGUCAGGCACGGACACGCUACAAAAGCCCACGUCUGUUGACGAUGGCAAUGACACCAGCGAUGACGAGGAUGAUAAGGAUGCGGACGAGGGAAAUGACGAGUCAUUGAAUGCUGGUGAACUAUCGGAUACCAGCACUGAUGCUGAUAAUGAUAAUGAUACUGAUACUGAGACUGAUGCUGAUGCUGAGAAUGAGAAUGAGAAUGAGACUGGUGGCAAUGACACCAGCGAUGACGAGGAUGAUAAGGAUGCGAACGAGGGAAAUGACGAGUCAUUGAAUGCUGGUGAACUAUCGGAUACCAGCACUGAUACUGAUGCUGAUACUGAUACUGAUGCUGAUACUGACAAUGAGAAUGAUGUUGCUGAUGCUGAUGCCAUUGAAGAUGCAGAGGCUGAGCCUGCUGAGCCUGCUAAGCCUGCUAAGCCUGCUAAGCCUGCUGAUAGUGUUGAGGCUGAUAUUAGUGUCGAUAGUGACGCCAAUGGUGAAUCCAACUUUGACGCUGAGACUGAACAAGACGAAGAUUCCGAGACGGAGACCGAGACCGAGGCUGAGACAGAACAAGACGACGAACAGGACCCUGCAGAAGCCGAGGUUGAACAGAACGAUGAAGCCGAGGCUGAGACCGAGACUGGGGCGGAACAAGAUGGCGAUACCGAUACUGAGACUGAGCGAGACGCCACAGAUGUUGAUGCUGGGGAUGAGACAGAGACUGAAUCUGAGGUUGCCACCGAGGCUGAUCCAGAGGAUGAGAAGACUGGUGUCGAUUCCGAGACCGAGCAAGACCCUCAAACUAGUGAGGGUGCCGUUGCCGAUACUGUUACCGGUAACGCUGAGGAGCUUCCAUAUGUCCAUGAGUCCAACGAACACGAGAAGAAGCAGCAGAAAAGAAUCAGGAAGACCCAAAACAAAAAGCAGAACAAGAAACAAUUCGUUGCUAAGGUCCAAGAAACUCAAAGUGAAGUCUCCGCUAUCGAAGAAUCUCAAAGCGAAGUGUCAGCUACCGGUACCGAGGAAUCUUCAAAUGAAGAGGCAAUGUCUGAUUUCAGCACCGAAGGCUCUCCUGAAGUGGCUGCUGAUGCCACCGAAUCUCAGGAGCAGCUUCCUACUGAGGCACUUCUUCAAACCCAGCAGUCUGAAGUGAACGAGGACACGGAAGAAACUGCAAGCGAUGUGGAACUCGUGGAAGGGGGAGAAAACAACGAUGUUUCCUUCAUGCACUACAAGGGAUGCUGUGGAAUUGGUCAUCGAUUGGCUCGUAUGUCCGGCGCUUACCAUGCUUCCAAGCGAUUGAACUUUGCCCUAAAGGGAACCUGGCCGAGUUGUCGCAAGACCAACGUCUUUGAUUACUUGUUCGAAACAACCGAUGAAGGAUUCCUGGAAGCUCCCGACAGCAGCGUCAAGCGAUCGUCGACCGUUGCCACUGUGAACAACGAAGUUCCAGCGUACAACACCGUCGCGCGAACACGGGUGCCACGUCGUGCAAAUGAUGAGACUGGAGCGGCUACUUGCGACAUGUGCAAUUCGGACAAGAUUGAAUCCGAUUAUCAGUUCUACUCGAAGCUUCUGGAGCGCUUCCGCAAACGCCAGGAUGUCAACGAUUUUAUGGAAAAGCACAAGUUUUCUGAUCACACGGUCAUUGGACUUCAUGUGCGGGCCGGUAACGGCGAGGAAGGAGAUUUUGCCAGAAAGGAACGUGGAAUUAACAAUGUCAAUGAGUUUGUGGAUCGCGUGACGAUUGCCAUUCUCUCGCUGGCGAACAAAUGGAAGCAGCCCCCACUUGUGUUUUUGGCCACGGAUACGUUGAGCAUGGUGGAGAUGUUCAGCAAAAGCCUGGAACCGAGCAAAAUUCGGGUGGUGACUCUGCCACAGAUGCGGGCAGACCAGGGACAAGGAAUCUUGUUUGGAGAGAAGAAACGAAAGCGCAAAUUCUCCCAACCAAAGCAGCUUCAAAAAACUAUUUCGAGACGUCUAGCUGAAGAAGACACCGACGAGGCUGAGGAGGAGCCAGACAGCGAAGAGGACAAAGAGUCUUGUUUAUUGGGUUGGGAUCAAGCCUUUAUGGACAUGUCUUUGUUGGCAAUGUCAGAUGUUGUGAUUGGCUCUCGUCGAAGUUCCUUUGUUCAAACAAUGCCGCUUUCCAUCGUUACCGGAAAGCCAAAAGAGCAACGCAAGGUUGACGCUCCCUACUGUGAAAUCAGCAACGACGCCGAGUUCAGAAUGACGUGCCAUGAAACCUACAUGGAUUGGUGUUGCUGUUCCAGUUGCGUGGCACUUGAAGACCAAGAACGGAAGCUGACCAAGAAGAAGAAGAUCCCGAUGGAAUAUGUGAAGCAGAUGAGGCCUGAUUUAUUGGACCAACCGGUCGAACAACUUUACAAACACCUCAUGAAACCCUUGGUCAAGGGGGACGAGAUAGGAGCUGUUGCGGUUGAGUCUGGAAAGGAAACGAAGACGGUGGCUGCGGCCGUGAGAAAGUUGGCCACAUCCCUAACAAGAGCUGGAAAGAAGAAGAAGGAGGAGGAGGAGGAGAAACAGGAGGCGAGAAAGGAAAGUGCCACCAGCGAAUCCUCAGGCCAGGAUGCAAUUACUGAAUCCGAAUCAACAACACCGCAGGAAGUGCCACCUGUCAUCGAGGAGGAAACCAAGACGGUGGCUGCAGCCGUGAAAAAGUUGGCCAAAUCCCUGACAAAAGCCGGGAAGAAGGAGGUGGCGGAGGAUGACCGGGAAGCGACAAAGGAAAGUGAUAUUGAAUCCACCACCAGCGAAUCCUCAGGCCAGGAUGCAAUUACUGAAUCCGAAUCAGCCACACCAGAGGAAGUGCCACCUGUCGUCGAGGAGGAAACCAGGAAAGUGGCCGUGGCCAUGAAAAAGAUGCCCAAAUCCCUGACGAGAGCUGCAAAGAAGAAGGCGACGAAACAGGAGGGGGCGGAUGAGGAGAAAGAACCGGAGGAACGCGCUCAAGAGGCCACCCCCGAGACGGGCGGUGAUGCCGAUGCAAAGGACGCAAAUUCGAAAGAUGGACAAAGCACAGAUGAGAGCGAAGAGAAGCAACCGGAGGAGAGCACCACAGAGGCCACUCCCAAGAUGACGGGUGAUGAUGCUGAUACCACGCAAGCUGAUUCCACGAAGCUAGAGACAACAGGCGGUAGCUACAAGAAGAAAUCAAGGAAGAGUGCCAGGGAACCCACCAAGAAGAAGGAGGAGCGCGGAAAGAAAAAUGCCAAGGAACUCAAACCAACGGCCAUCACGGAAGAAAACGCGGUUGAUGAUGGAAACGCACUUGCAGAUGAUGCAAAAGAUGAGGAGAAUACAGAGACUGAGAACUCAUCAGCCUUGGCUGAGGAGAACGCAGAUACGGAGAACACAGCAAAGGCUGAGGAGGAUACGGAGCAGGCGGAGAAAGAAGCCGGGCUCAAGGAAAGAUUGGAAAAGGCGAAACAACAGUUCAGGUCGAAGAACACGAAGAAGUUUAACAAGAAGAACAAGGCCGUAUGA